CAUGCUCGCAUGUAUGACGCCCCAACACGCCCCAAAAGGCAUAUUAACUAUGAUACAAAGCGCCUUCACACGCAACCACAUAACAUACAUAUAGCUAUCAAUGUAUCGACUUUUCAAUUCAACAUGCUAGCACCUCAGAGCGGGGGCAUGCAGCAGCCCCACACGCGAACCGUCCGACGCAGCCGCAUGAAUUAUGCAGCUGGGCUGGCAUUUGUUGCCCUCUGCUACGUGCUGCAAUCAGCAGGUGCGCCGGCAUGUCCAGAAUUGGUACCAGGGUAUAUGCUUGCGCAAGGAAAGGGCUUUCCAACGGAAGCAACGACGGAGCAGGUGCCCGGGACCAAUCGCCUCCCAGCGCUUGCUCGGAGCUGCAACCUGAGGACGGACUGCACGGGCUUCACCACAUCGGGGCAGCUCGUACUAUCUAGCAUUGGAAACGUUGCGGGCUUGCCGUCGUCAGGCUUGGCGCCCGGCCCCUGUGAGGGGCUUUACGUCCGGGCCGCAGUGGUCGAGUCAGGAGGAUUUUCGGAUGACCUGACUGGGUUGGAAGUGUCGCAUGACUUCGACCUGGACGUGCCGUAUUACCGGCGCGUGCCGUGGGGCGCCUGCAAGCAGCUCUGCCUCAGCACGCCAGGCUGCCGCAGCGUCAGCUUCCUUUGCUCAAGGGAGCUGUGCACCCUGAAGACGGCAACGUGCGUGGAGGCGGGCCUGGGCAGCGGCUGCGUGCAGCGGCAUGCGGCUUCUUUGUACUUCAUGCAAGCCGAUCGGGCAGUUGACCAGGACCUGCUCACUGGGCCGUACCGCGUUUCGUUGCACUUUAUGGGGCUCACGGGGCCGUCCGGACCCUGGAACACCAGCGCGGCCGCAUGCGCGCAGCUGGGCAACCCCGCUGUGCAGGCGGCCGCGCUGCACACGACGCUGAGCGCACGCACGCUAUUUGGCGCCGCGGAGCGGACCUCGCGCCUGAUUUCCAACCGCAGCCGGGACCCGGUGCCCGGGCCGCACUACUUCUGGCUCAGCGGCAGGCACCAGCAGCAAGCGAUCCAGCCAUGGGACCGCAUCAAGUGGCAGGAUGGGAGCUCGUUUGUUUUGGAUGAGUCAGACGUGCCUCUGACGGUGGAGCAGCCGGGUGGUUGUCUGGCGAUCGCGGUGAUCAAUGGCACCGCGGCGCUUCGAGUGGUCAGUUGCGACUUGGCGGGCUUUCCGCUGUGCAGCGCGUACGCGCCAGGCGACUACGGAAUUCGGUUCCAGGUCGACAGCUCGCUUGCGAUCAUGUUCAGCGACCAAUUUGGCGGCCAGGAGGCAGCAGGGUUCUGCGCACAGCGCGGUGCGGUCCUGCACCGCCCCACCGGGCCGCGGAACAUGGAGGGCUUGUUCGAGAUCACGUCGCUGAUGAAGAGCGACCACUGGCUGGAUGGCGUGAACACAGACCAGCAGGACUACGCCAACGCCACGUACGGAGACGGCUCUCCUAUUGAUGCUUCUGUGCUGGAUUACCACAGCGGCAAGCCCAAUCCCCCCUACUGCUUAGCUGCAACUGGGUCCUACACCGAGGAGCGGCCGCUGUACCCAGUGUCCUGCUCCGCCCAGCGCUGGGCAGUUUGCCACUGGAUUCAAGACAACGGGACUGCCGGACCACCGUAUCCGCAGCGCUUGCCCUCUGCCGUGCUCCCAGCCUGGCAAGACAUGCCCGACAUGCCCGCACGUGUGCGGCUGCAUGCUGGCAACGCCUUCCUCAUGGUUACGAAUGCACGCGAGUUCCCAGCAGCACAGGCCAGCUGUGAACGCCUGGGAGGAGCCCUGGCAUCAAUACACGAUGCGCCUGUUGACACUCUAAUCGCUUCGACGUUUGUCGAACUGUGGCGCACCCGCGACACCAGCCCCGUGCUUAGCUACCUGGGUGCAACCACCAACACGACAGCGGCUGGCAGCGGCUCCAGUAGCAGUGGUGGCGGCCUGACCUGGUUGGACGGCAGCACGCUCGACUACCAGGGGGCCUGGAACUCAACGGCCGCCAACACCACAGCAGCUGGCUGCCUGGUGCUGGUGCGCGGCGGCGGCUCGGGACCGGCGCUGUGGGAGGUGAUACCGUGGACAGAGUGUGCUACGAUGCGAAGGAACUUCACCUGCGUGGCGCCGGCCAAACCAUUCCUGCAACCUGCGGCGUCAGUGGUCAGCGGCCGGGCCCCACACGAGCAGCCCCGGCUGUUUGAGCUCCACUUGGGAACACCGCGUACCUUCCCGGACGCCCAGGAGGCGUGUCAAGCGCGCGGCGGCAACUUGGCGUCGCCGUCAGUGGGCCGAGACCUGGAAGUGCUCAAGUCGUUAGUGUACAGGUUUCGCCAUGAGAUGGCAUACGUGGACACCAUGCCGGACUACUUCGAGUUUUGGGUUGGAGCCACCACCAACAAGACAGACGCCAGCGUGUCUUACACGGAUUUUACGUGGGUGGGGAACGCCAGCGCGCCGUUUGACUUCCCGAUGUGGUACGAGACCUUUCCGAUCGGACAGCCCGUCAGGUUUCCAGUCAAGGGCCUGCCCAGCGCGGCGGUAUUCACGAGUCCAGUUGGCAAUCCGACAUUUGCCCGGCGCCGGUCUCAGAUAAGCCGGCCCUUCCUCUGCGAAAUUGACGUUGUGGACACGCUGGCUGAGCAACAGGCUGACGACGGCACGACGUACGAGGUGCUCCGCACACCCUACGCGCUGCCGUACCAUGCGGCGGAGCAGGUGUGCCAGGCGCGCGGCGGCCACCUCGCCGGCGUGUCCUCGCCGCAGCAGCUGGGGGCGGUGGCGCAGCUGUGCAGCGCGGCACUGCAAGCCCUGCCGCGGGCAGCCAGCGGUGGCUUUGAGAGCCACGACGUGCCGGACGGCUGCUGGGUGGGGCUGUACUGCCCAGCGGGAUACCGCGGUGAUGUCAGCUUCAUGGACGGUUUCGGCGAGCGUGCCCUACGUAGGUUGGCAAGCUUUCAGCCUUCCAUCCUCCAGGGCAGAAGCUGCAGCUCGGGCUCUGACUUGAUGUGGCUCGACAGCCGCAGCACCGCAGGCGACGGCGGCCUGGCGGGCCUGGUCAGUGGCGCAGCGUCUAGCCUGAGCCCUGGCAGCCGCUGCGGUAUGGUGCGGCCCGGUGCCAGCAGCAACAGCAGCAGCACUGCGACGCUGGCUAUGUCAGCUUGCAAGCAGUUCGCCGCGUUCGUGUGCGAGCGUGGCGGCAUGAGCACUCCGCCGCCGCUACCGUCCAUCACCAUCGCCCAGCCUGCAGCUACAGCACCGGCGGCGUCAGCAGACUCGAUCCCGUCAGGGGCGGCUCGCUAUCAGGGCUGCUACACGCUGGUGGACGGGCAGCAGCGCGCGGCGGCGACGGCUGGGUCGCUGGCACUGGCGCCCACGCCGCUGCCGGUCCUGCUGUCGCAGAACGUGUCCAGUCUGGCUCAGUGCUACAGCCUGGCGCAGCAGAGCGGCCUGGCGCUCUACAGCAUCGUGGGUGGCAGCGCUUGCUGGGGCGGCGCCGCUGCUCCGGGUCUGCCGUUCGUCAACGUCAGCGACGAUACGAUGUGCCGACAGGCCUGCAGCAGCGGGGACACCAGCAGCAACAGCAGCGGCGGCCAGCAGCCGGGCUGUGCAGCGGCGGGCUAUGCAGCCGUGUUUGCGCUCACAGCUGCCACUGCCGCAACCGCAACAGCUGCACCGGCCGCGCCCUACGUCUGCCUCACGGAGCAGUUGCUGGCGGCCCUGAACGCCUCAGUCGUGGGGCAGCUGCACAUCAGCCCCUCCCAGCUGUCCCGCUGCGAGGCGCUGUGCUCCUCUCUGGCAGCCUGCGACAUCUACACGUAUGACACGCGAGCGGGCGCCUGUGUGCUGCUGGGUGCUCCUGGCGUCGCCAGCCUGACCAGCCUGCCUGUGUACGAUGCCCAGUGGGCCCGGACCACGUGCGUCAAGGCCACUCGCCUAGUUGCGGGCGCUACACCCAGACAGCUCCCCAGCGUCAGCUAUGCAGCAGCUGGUUCAGCCACGCACGUGUGCAGCGGCGCGCUGGGUCGCCGCGUUCGUGCUGCGCCUGUGGUCGCGUACAGCCCCCAGGACAGCCUGCCCGUGAGCGACCUGGCGGCCUGUGCGGUGUCGUGCAACGCCAACGCGACGUGCCAGGGCUUUGCAGUGUGGCCCGCAGCAGGCAGUAACGGUUCACUGCUGUGCGGCACGCGCACGGGCAUCGUGGUGGACACCAGCUACGACUGGCUUGGGUCACGGUCCUGGCUGGAGCUGCCUGACGCCGCCGCUGGCAGCAACACCAGUGACAGCGGCUCAGUCGGCGUGGAGGGCUGCCUGGUGCUGCCUCGGCUGGCGACACCGCCCGCGUACGUGUGUACCGAGUACGUGGAUGCGGCCGGCUGGGAGCUCCGGCGGCUCAACGGCUCGGACGAGCAGGCUUGCCGGGACACCUGUGACGCGGACGACGACUGCUCGCUGUACGUGGUCUACUCGUUGCCGCCCAGCUGCAGCUUACGAUUCCGGCCCUUCUAUGACAGCAAGGUCUGGCCUGCCGUUGCGGGGACCAACGCUCGCCCUAGCGUUUCCGAUGCGGGUCAUGUUCGCAGCUGUCUGAAUACGCUGCGGCUGGUUGAGCCCCUGGUCUCGCCCGCACGCGGGGAGCGCAGCCGGCGCGUGCGCUUCGGCAAAGAUGAUGCCGUACAUCUGUGCGUCCCUAGCAUGGAUGGCCGUGGAAAGGACUCCUUUGCAGCUAACACAUACAAGGACAACGUGUGCGGGGAGAUAUGUGUGGAACGCGCCGAUUGCAACUACUUCAUCACCACUGCGGACGAUCCUGAGACAGGCGUGUGCUACGCGAAGAACGGCUUCAUUCCGUUCUCCAUGGGCGACAACGCAGAGUAUCCGGACACGGGCGGCAUGACGCGCUACGAUCUGCUCGGGGUACUGGAGACGUGCCUCAACCUGGAGCGGCAGCUGCCCCGCAGCCCGCCCGUCUACGUGUGCGCGCAGCAGUACAGCGCCGUGUUUGCGGCGGGCGCCCGCAACACAUCCGUCGCCACCGCAUACGCUUGCGAGGCGCUGUGCGACGCGGGCGCCAGCUGCGUUGGCUACACGUGGAUGGCGCACAACAGCACGUGUGUGCUGGGAACCAGUGGCAGUGGCAGCAGUAGUAGCAAUAGCACCGGCAGCACCACUGGAGGUCUGGCGGCACGCACGACCGGGCCGUCCUGGCUGGCCACUCAGACGUGCUUGCAGGGGCCGCGCCUGAUGGCUGGGCCCACACCAGCUUCCAGCAGCCAGCCGGCAUCGGCAGACCAGUACGUGCAUGCCGCCGGUGCAUGGCACUUGUGUGUGCCGGCGGCGUCUUGGUCCGGCAGCGCCCCCGAUGUCCUAGGCGUCGUGCCUUUGCCGAACGCCGGCAAUAGCAGUGCCAACUACACGGCGGUCCGGGCCUGCUCCCUGGACUGUACGGCUACGACGGGCUGCCAGCUGUUUUCGCUUCUCUGGCUCAACGAUACAGACCCGUCCCCGGCCUGUGUGCUCCAGGGCUGGGGCUCGGCGGCAGUGCUGACCGGCCCAGGAUCAAGCCAGGGCUCAGGCCCAUUAGCUUUGUCAUGCCUGGUGCUCGCGUCCGAGCGCGCGUUUCCCGCGGCGGCCGGUGGCCUUGUGCACCCGCGCGUGCGACCGGCGGCCGUGCAGGCAUACCGCAGCAAGCAGUACAGCGUGUACCUGCAGCCCGCCAGCUACAGCCUGGCAGCUGCCACUUGCCAGAGCGCCGGCGGCGGAGGCCAGUUGCUGUCCGUGAACAGCGCCCAAGAGCUGGCGGUGGUGCAGGCGCUGCUGCAGCUGUACUUGCAGCCGAGCACGCACCCUGCAGCCGGGUCGGCGCAGCUGGACACGAGUCCGUUCUGGACGGGGCUGGUGUGGUCUGGCAACAGCACCGGAUGGAGCUACAGCCAUGGCCGCACAACCAAUGCGACGUUUGUGGGCUCGGUGCUACAGUCUGGGGCUGCAGGAGGCUGCGGUGCGCUCGACCUCAUAGGUGGAGCAGCAGGGCUCCGCGCGGCCAACUGCACUGCCUGGGCCCUGCCGUUCGUGUGCGAGUAUGAGAUGCCGGCCGUCGCGGUGGAUGGGAUCACCAGCUCUGGACAGCCACUGCAGCUGUUCCCCGCGCAGGCCGGAUACAGCCAGGCACUGCAGCUUGCCUCGGCUGCCGGCGCAGUGCUUGCGGUGGUGGACUUGUCAGCAGCGGCUCCCGACAGCAGCGGGCGCCACCGCGCACGCGCACUGCUGCAGGCGCAGUCAGGAAGCGCGGUGGUGCGCUUUGGCAGCUCCUCCGCUGCUGCCGCCGCAUGCGGUGCGCAGCAGCUGCUGUCCUCAGGCUGCUGGGUGCAGCUACAGCCGCCGGCAGACGCCUGCAACAGCACGAGCGGCACUGCGGCGCUGUGUGGUGUGACCGCGCUGCUGCUGACUGAUGCCACAUCCACGACGGCUUCCACGCUGCAGUCUCUGGCCGGCCUCGGGUCUGGCACCAGCAGCAUCGGCAGUGGCAGCAGCACGUGUGCAGCGGCCCUGGUAUCCAGCGCCUCUGGCAGCGCAUCCUACGUACGCGCGGCAUGCGCCACCCAGGCGGCCUUCCUGGCGGCUGUGGUGGACCCGGACGCGCCGCUGAGGGCUACCUUUCCGGUCGCUAUCUCAUCCCCGCCGCCUUUCACGUCACCAUCCCUCCCGCAGCCUGCAUCGUCGCCUCCCACAUCAGGUAUUGCCGCGCCAGCAAGCAGCAGUAGCAGCGGUGGCGGCGGCGACAACGACGAUGAUUCGGGCCUGUCCGGGGGCGCCAUUGCCGGUAUCGUCAUCGGCAGCGUGGUUGGCAGCAUGGUCAUCAUCGGCGCCCUCGUUUGGGGCCUUAUCAUAUGGCGCCGCGGCUCUGCCGGGCCCGAUGCCAAGCGUUCCACGGGCAAACACAGCCAGUCCGGCAGCCUGUCGAGCGGAUUGCCCCACGGGGUUCCCGGCGUGGUUAUCUUGGUGGACGACUCCAGUGCCGGCGGUCACAGCAGCAAGGCUGGCAAGGGCGCCAAAGCCGGCAGCUCGCUGCUUGGCAGCAGCCAGCUGAGCAAGGGCGGCUGCGGCUCCAACGGUACUGGCGCCAAGCCGCUGUCGGAGCUUCAGGAGCCGGCAGACUGGUCCCUGGAGAAGUCUGCGGAAGUGCAGAAGGCGCUUCAGGGGUUGCUGGUUACUGCGGACGAUCCCGACCAGGACGACGUGACGUGGCGUAUCGACCCCAAGACUGACAUAUCGUGGGAGGAGGAGGACCUGCUGGGCAGGGGGACGUUUGGCGUGGUGUACAAGGGCGUGUACAAGGAUCUGCCGGUCGCGGUCAAGGCCGUGCUGCGGGCCGUGCAUGGCGAGUUCGAUGGAGCCUCGCUCAAGUCGCUGCUGCAAGAGGCGCGCAUCCUGGCAAAAGUGCGGCACCCCAACAUUGUGACGUGCUACGGCGGAUGCAUCACCGAGAAUGACGUCUUCAUUGUUGAGGAGCUGAUGAGCCAGAAUCUGUCCCAGCUCAUCACAUCCGCCGCCGGUGUGCCCAUCCCGCUCGAGACGGUGCUGCGAAUUGCCAUGGACGUGGCCAGAGGACUCUUCCAGCUGCACCCCACCAUCGUGCAUCGCGACCUCAAGCCCGACAACGUGCUGCUGGACGCGGCCGGCCGGGCCAAGAUCAGCGACUUUGGGCUGGCGCGGUUCAAGAUGCAGUCCUACCUGGUGUCCACCAAGAACUUCGCAGCGGGCACGCUGCCCUACAUGGCGCCGGAGGCCUUCCGAGACAAGCUGCAUGGCAUAUCUGAGAAAGCAGACAUCUACUCCCUGGCCAUCGUCAUCUGGUCCAUGCUGACAGGCCAGGUGCAGCCCUGGGCCGACUACCACUUUGCCUCAAUCUUGUUCAGGGUCUCAGUGCAGGGCGAGCGGCCGCCGCUCCCAGAGGACCCCGCCCGUUGCCCGCCGCGCCUGACGUCGCUGAUCAAGCGCAUGUGGGCGCAGGAGCCGGCGUCACGUCCUGGCGCCGGUGAAGUGGUGAAGCAGUUGAGCAUUAUUGGGCGCGAAGUGAGCAGGGGAGCAAGCAUCGGUAGCGCUGGCGCUGGAGGUACCGGAAGUGCCGCAAUGUCGAGUGGCUCCACUAGCAACAGUUAGGGCAGGCCACCUGCGAUAGAGGCUCCAUGUCAUUCCUCGGGUUCAGGCAGGUUUUAAUUUGGACGGCUUGGACGCCCGGGAACGGAUUCGGAAUUCACCUACACUGCAGUGCUAGUGUUUCCAGAUCUGAUGUGCACUGGUCGAUCUGGGGUGCCUUCAUUGCGAAUCAGACCUGCUAUGGUAAGGCCGCGGCAGGUCGCAUCACUGCUGGUCGCAGAAUAUUUACCGUGUGUGCCAAAUGCUGUUAGUCCUAGCUUGACGCUUCUAACCCUGAUAUUUCAAGGUGGUUAUGGUGGUCAGAUUCAUGUACUGCGGGUGGCUGUACUGCGUGUUGUCCUAUUAUUCGAGAGCUGUUCGAAAGGGUAUUGACUUAACAUGUUGCCCGUCAUCUUACGUUUGGCAGCACGUAAGGCCAGUACCGUACAGGUGGCUGCCUGGGCGGGGAUUUCCCGGAGAUGAGGAUGAGUGGGAUGGUGGGGGCAUAUGAAAGGUGAUAAAGCUUUGGACUACCGUCUGGUGCUUGCUGCAGAGAUUGGAAAGGGAUAGGAUCAAGCAGGAGUGCGGGUCGCACUUCGGCACGGCCCGCCUAUUCGUCUAUAGCAAACCUCGGACUUGCACUGAUGAAAAGACUUGGGCUCAAAACUAGGUUGUCGCAAGGAUAGGAUGCGCGGCUGCCAGGCUGCCCUUAUAUACAACUGCAGCACUUCUUGUGAUCACACUGAUGAGGUGCUGCGCAGGAUGUUUGAGCGGACUUUAGUUAGAUUCGUGCAAGCUGGGUUCAUAACUCUCUUUGCCUGGUGGUGUUGAAUGGAGUAGGAUAGGGAGCGUGGAGCGGUUCCCUUCGCCAAAUUAUGCCGUUAGGGGCUCAGGGCUAUAUGGGUCCAUGAUGUGAGGAGCUUUCAGAUCUGCGGUCCUGCGGGUUUGUCAGCGCUAGCCCUCUUACGCCGUUCUGCUUUGUGCAACUCGCUAGAACUAGGCGUGAGACCAAAAUACCCAGGGAUGGGGUAGGAACGAACUUUU